CCCAGUUCAUUCCUAGUUAUGUUGCACCUUCUGUUUUGCUUUUCCUAAUGGCCAACUCGCAGGCAGCCAAUCCGAAAAAAACAGUAGCUUGCGCCAGCCUGGAGUGUUUUAUAAAUUAAUUUCAUUUUGCAUUUCUUCCUUUCGUCAUUUCUUUUGCAACAAAAAAAAUCCAGGACCAUCUUCCAUUAGUCACGCGAGUAAAAUUGCAAGGCUUGUCCAUGGAAAAUAGAAAAGAGAGAUCUCAGAAGUAAAGGAGCGUUAACAUCUUGAUUCGUGGAGGGGUGGCACCUCCCUGAGCGCACACGAGAUGUUUUCCCACUGGGUUGCGGACUGAUGUUAUCAUAGGUCCUCGGGGAAGCUGUUAAUGACGUGCUGAAGCUGAAAGGUGUUGGAUGAGUACAGAGGCCAUUAGAUGAAGCAGUUGAGAACAGCGAGUAGGAGUGGCUGGCCCUUGGUACGGCAGUAACACCUCGAUUACCUUAACCUCCUCACAAGGGCCAUUCCUCUUCUUUUGACCUGGCGCUGGGGUGAGAGGGAGGUCUUUCUUCCUGAAGAUCUGGCCCAACGAUGGCAGGGGAGAAAGUCAAGCCCAAGGUGAUCGAUGCGGAAAAGUUGGCCAGCCUCCUGCAGAGUGGGGUGGAGGGCACCCUGGUGAUCGACAGCCGCUCAUUUGUGGAGUACAAUGCCUCGCACGUGCUGGGCUCGGUGAAUAUCUGUUGUUCAAAGCUGGUGAAGCGGAGGCUGCAGCAGGACAAGUUCUCCAUUGCCGAGCUCAUUCAGCCUUCCUGCAAGAUGAAGAUUGACGUGGAGGGAACGCAGGAAGUGGUGCUUUAUGACCAGAGCACGCGAGACCUUAGCAAGUUGACAGCUGACAGCUUCACCUUGGUACUCCUGGGCAAGUUGGAGAGCUAUUUUCAUCACGUUUCACUGUUGUCAGGGGGAUUUUCCGCAUUUUCAUCCUAUUUCCCAGGCCUGUGCGAGGGGAAGCCCACCACUCUCCUGCCAGUGAGCAUCUCUCAGCCGUGCCUACCAGUCGCCAACAUUGGCCCCACACGAAUCCUUCCUCAUUUGUACCUGGGCUCACAGAAAGAUGUGCUGAAUAAGGACCUCAUGGUGCAGAAUGGAAUCACAUAUGUUCUCAACGCCAGCAACUCUUGUCCAAAGCCUGACUUCAUCUCAGAGAGUCACUUCAUGCGCAUUCCAGUCAAUGACAACUACUGUGAGAAGCUUCUGCCCUGGUUGGAUGAGUCUGUCGACUUUAUAGACAAAGCAAAGGUCUCCAACUGCCGAGUGCUUGUUCACUGCUUGGCUGGGAUUUCGCGAUCGGCUACCGUUGCCAUUGCCUACAUCAUGAAGAGCAUGGGGCUGUCCUCAGACGAUGCUUACAGGUUUAUCAAGGACCGGAGACCAUCCAUAUCUCCCAACUUCAACUUCAUGGGGCAGCUGUUGGAGUACGAGAAGAACUUGAGGCUUCUGAAGGUCCGCUCCCUGGCUCCCCUGAAGCCGCUGGCAGACCGGCAGGAGGAGGAGGUUGACAAGGAGGCGGCCGACGGCUGCAGAGGCAGCUGGGACAGGACAUGUCCCAAAUCCUCCGCCUCCGAGCAGGCGGGCCCAGGCGCUCCCAAGGACGCAAGUCAGCAGUGCAGUGGCAAUGCCGAGAGCGGCAGGGGAGACUGCAAGAAUGCCUCGCAUGUCGCCCUGCAGCAGAGCCUCAAUGGCCUGCACCUCUCCAUGGAGCGCCUCCAGGACACCAACCGACUCAAGCGCUCCUUCUCACUGGACAUCAAGUCCUCCUACUUGCCAAACCCUGCCCCUGGUGGCUGCGGGGCGGCCGCGCCUCAGGGUUCCGACGGCAUCCCCAAGCUCUGCAAGCUGGAGGUCAGGGCGGGGAGCCCUGGCCAGGAGAUAUGCAGCCCAACCCUGGAGAGCCCAGGAGCCGAUGCCGGCAGCGAGUCGAAAGCCCGGCAGAGGCGCAGACCAAAGCACAACGGAAGCCUCGCAAACCCGUCCAGUUCACCGGUGCACUCCCUGAGCUUGAACUUAACCAGGACCCUCGUCCCAUGCGCGGUUCACAAGGGCGGUGGCGCAGAAGGCAACCUGAAGCAGGCGCUGUUGCUGAGCAUCCCCAGUGCCCAGCCGCUUCCCCUGGGGAGCAAUGGGGUGAACCGGUGGGGGAAGCACACGGAACUGGGGCAGCCCCCUGCCGCGGCAAACCCCUCCGCCAGCGGCGGCGGCUCGUGGUACUUCGGCGCAGACCAGCAGCCCGCAAGCAAAGGGGCGGGUGCGGCCGGGCUCUUCGGAGGCUCCGCCCCCGCGUACCCGCCCUUCGGCUGUGGCUCCACCCCCGGCGGCUGUGAGCCGUACGGGCCGGUGCGGCUGCGGGAGAAGGCAGCCGAACAGCGGGACGCCCGGCGGAGCUGGCACGAGGAAGGCACCAUCGAGAAGCAGUUCAAGAGGAGGAGCUGUCAGAUGGAGUUCGAGGAUGGCAUGUCGGAGAGCAGGUCGAGGGAAGACCUGGGGAAGAUUGGCAAGCAGUCCAGCUUCUCCGGGAGUAUGGAGAUCAUCGAGGUGUCGUGAUGGUACGGGAAAUGGCUGCUUUUAACCGAGUGAAAGGGGAGCAUCUGUGGUUAUUUGUCACCUGAAGUCGGGCACUGUUCAAAGCCGCAGACUCUGUUUUUAAUGAAAGCAGGAGGAAGUGCGGCAACUAUUGUCUCCGAUGAUGAUGAGAGUGGGUUAACGCAUCACUUGAAACUUGUCUUGAACAUUUUUAGAAAAGUUAAUUUAUUUCUCCAAACACAUUCUGGCAAUGGUGAAAAAGAAAAUGCGGGAACUGGCCACCCCAGUUUAACAUUGUACAGUGCGGUAUUUAAGUACUUCAAGCAAUACUCAAGAAAGAAAGUCUGUUUUUAUCUUAUUAAUUAUAUAUUUUGUGUUGAUGUUUCCACAUCGUACCUUGGUCUGCGCAGGACUGCUACCUGAGAAGGUCAUUUAUUGCACUUUGUCCUUCCUUGUGUGUGACUGAGCCCGUUAAAAUGCAGACUGCAGCACUGAGGCUGGAAGAGUACCUUCUAUGAGAUAAUCUGUAUGAACCAAUUGCAAAUGGAUGCAGACAUUAAUAUAAUGUAAAUAGUGGUGUAUCUAUUAUUAUGGCUGAUUUAAAUGUUUUUAAAUAGUUUAAAGAUAUCCUGGCUGCUUGAUGCAAAUACCUCAGGUUUGAAUAAACAGAAAAAUUAAAAAGGCUUUUUCUUUUACUACCCUCCCCAUCUUGUUUGUGAAAUGUACACAAGCUUCAAUCACGAUACAGAGGGAAAAAAAAUCAUCUCAGGUUUUUUAAACUGAUUAACCGAGGCAGAUUCCGGUGAUAUCCAUGAAGGGGGCAGUCAAGUGCUCAUGAUCACUGGACAUCCUGGCAACCUGCAGGCCGAGCGCUAGUUGCACAUGCCCAUUGCAUUCGGGACAAACGUGUAGAGAGCUCAUUGCAUCACACACCAAUCACAUGUUGGAAGGCCAAGAUGAGGAGCUCCCCGACAGCAACAGUGCUCUUUCAGAAGCCGCAUGUUAAAUCUGUUGGGUGCUCGCCUGCUUCCCACCACCUCUGGCUCCUGGGCAGGGAAAGCUUACACUAAACGGGCAAAGAAACUGAUCCCCCUCUGGCCUAGGCUGCCAGCGGGAGAAUCCGGUUGUGUCCAUUUAACUUGCUCCUGACUGAGCAAUGUUGAUCAGAUGCUUGGUGACUGUUUGCUCGAGGCCCAAGCAAUAAACAUUGAUGAGAUAGCUAUCUGUCCCACUGUGUAGAAAAAAGCAUCAUAGUUAUUUAUAUCAUUGAUUUUGUUGAGUUGGAAAAUCAAUUGGCUUUCUCUUGGUUUCGAUUUGUUCUGUAGGUGAGGGUGUGACCAGUGUAGCCAGCAGAACUAGUUCAUCCCUGAGGUGUGGGUAGGACUUUUCUUUCUGAAUUGCCACAGGAUGGCUGUUUUGACACAAAUGAACACUUUCCCAGAGGGCAUUUAAGUCAAUCCCAUCAGUAUGGGACUGGAGGAUGCAAGGGCUAGACAGAUAGGACAAGGAAGAACAUUAACCAAUGAGUUCAGUUUGUAAAAGCUUCGCAUUCACUGUGCUUACUAUUUACAGAAUUUAAAAAAAACUGAACAGAGAGAUGUUUGAUCCUUUAUUCUCUUUAUGUUUCCCCUCAAGAUUUCUGCACCAUUUCUUGUCUUCAAAGCAAAUCAACGACCGCUCUCUCCAACACUGCCUUUGUGUCUGUCCUUUCUGCAUUGCACCCUACAGCCCAUUGCUCUGUAAAACUCUUUCAUGUCCACAUCUCAUUCCAUGGAUUUGUUGAUUCUCUAAAUGUUAGGAAACAUGUUUGGAUUGGGAUGAAUUGUACCCCCCCCCCUUCCCCCAUGGUCUUUGGUCACCACACUCUGAGGGAGGACCUUCCCACAGCUGUUACUGAUGUUGCUUACCCUGUCGUCCCACUGAGCAUUUCUGGUCAGAUUUGACAAAUGUUUCACAACUCCCCCACGUGGGAAUCCACGUAACAGAGAUCUGAUCGCCGCCUUUGCUAAGCUGCAUUUCCUCGGACCCAGCAGUCAGUCAGGGAAUGCUGUUCUGAUUCAGCAGGAGAUUCCAAUAAACUCAGAUUAUGUUGGAAAUGCUUAGCAGGUCAGGUAGCGUGUGUGUGGAGAAAGGAAAAGGGUUCGUGAUACGGGUGGGUGAUUUUUCAUUAGAACCAUUCCAGUUGAAUGCAAUCAACCUAAGUCAGAAACUCUACUUCUGUCUUGACAGCUAUUCUGACUGGCUAAGUAUUUGUUUGCCUCAAACUUCCAGCAUUGGCAGGUUUUUGCUUUUUGGUUACAAUGGAAUCAGAUGGAUUCUAAUGCAAUAAGUUAUAAUCUGCCUGAUGCAAAGUUUGUAAAAUUUACCUAGAUGCUUCACAUCAAGGGGACACUGCGAUAAUACCUCACAGAGCAGACUAAUCGGGACCACAUUCGCUUGAUCUGCGCCAGAACCAGGUCAAAGGGUGGAGGGGUUGAGAGGCAAUCUGAGGCCGUCCCCAGGGUAUUUUCCACCGACAAGCUGAUGGAACUCUAGGAGCUGAAAUUUCUAGAUGUCAGGUUCAGGAGGAGGAGGAGAAGUUCACAAUCAAAUGGAUGAAGAAAAUAGCAUCUGAUGUCACCCACUUUUCCCAGCAUAUCUACAAUUUAGGCUGAUGCUAAUGAGGACACGUUACCAUGGUUAAACAAUGUCCCAACAACAGACCUACUGCUUAGGCUUGGAAAACAGAUAUGUGGUUGAAGACCAUUUCUCAGCUCCGCUUUUUAAUGCUGUUAGACGUCACCACACAAGCCACAGUAGAGAUACUGCCUCAAGGCUCCAUUGACCCAGCUUCCGUGCUGCUUGUGUGAAAUUUCUAUGUUCUGCCCAAGACCACAGGGGCUUCCUCUCUGUGCUCCUUUUCCUUCCCCCGUCCCAAAAACAUGCAGUUUGGUUGGUUAGUUGCCCCUAGUGCAAAAUCUAUAAGAGGUGGAUGAUAAUGUGGGACAGAUAAAAUGGGGUUGAUUGGAACAGGUGUUCAAUGGUCAACGGCCAUCGAUGGUCUUGGCUCUGUGCUGUGUGACUCUUAUCAAUGACCUGUUAAGCAGAGUUGUGGUUAUGAGUCCUGUCAGUGAAUAGCAACACCUAUAGUUCUGUCCACCUAUAGUUUGGACGUUACAAAGAUGUCCUCUCUACAUCUUGUUGGAAGUAGGUCAUGAUAGGUGUUCAAAGAAUCAUUAUACCGGUGCACCUUUUAGUGUUCCUGCCUGAUCUAUUGUGGAAGCUCAGGUCUCCCAGCACUACCAUAACUAAAGCUACUGCUCCGUCAAGGUUACUACUCAGAAGUAAAUGUUGUUCAUUACUACAAAACAGUUUUAUAUUGUUAAGUUUUCAUGGCAUUUCUUGUGCAUUAAGGGGACAACAUGCAUUCUGAGUGAACCACCAGUGACUCUUGGAUCAGCUUGUCUCACUGUGUGGAAGACCUGCUCAGUGCUAACCUGCACUUGCACCAGGAUUCCAGACCUGGGGUCAGAGUGGAAAGCCAGUAAGUGCUGACGUACAAGUAGUGGCGCGUUUGAAGUCUUCUGACGGCCAUCAAAAACUAUUAGGGAUUUACAGCACCUCAAAAGUCCUGACUAGAUACAACAGGAAAACUAUAACUUAAUCUGUUAUCCUCCUAGCACCCACCCUCGGUGAAUCUACAGUGGUGGGAAAUGGCCCUUGAUCACCCAUAAUCUGAGAGACACAGGCCAGCUUUGGGGCAGGAGAAUGGGGUGGAAAGUGCCACCGAUUAUGGUCCUUUUAAUUUGGACCUGGGAACUGAACUCUCUGAUCCAAUCAUAGCAGUGUCUCUGUUUUCCUUAAGUACUAACUAUUUAACCUGCAGAUUGAGCAUUAUUACAAGGGCCUUUCUCCUGAAAACAUAAUUUGAGAAACCUCAAAAUGAUCCCUGUUUGGAAAGCUUACUUGUGGCCAUUGUUUAAGAUUAGUAAAAAAUAUAUACGAAAGGUUUGAAAGAGGAUUUUCAUUUGAAGGUCCACCAUGUAUCUUCUGUGUACAUUAUUGGAAGUACAGUGCAAAGGGAAACUUUUACCUUAAUUGGGAUGUUAGUCCUUUAACACUUGAGAAUGUGUAGCUUUGUUGCCAAUCCAGGAAAUGUGCUGUACUCUUCUAAAUAAUCCUGAUUAUAUCUCUCCAUUUGGAAUGUAUUUCUUUAUCCUCUCUCUUCUAUGGCAUCUCUGUUUUCAAAGUCAAGCCUGCCAUUUAGUCAGUGUCGUGAGUGAAACGUCAGGUCCAGUUGGAAAGCCACCUGAGGGUAGAUACCCUGUGGGAUUUCUUGUUCUCCAUACCCUGCUUGUCCUUGCCCAUGAAUAGGGCUAUCAGUCACACCAGGCAACUAGAGUCUUUUCCACGAUGGAGAUGCUUUGAGUGACCUGUCAGCUUCAGUUGGGGACAGAAUGCCCUCUUUGGUUUGGAGCCUUGAUCUUAAAUACAUCCAACCCCCCUCUGCUAGAUCAUAAAUUCCCUAACAUAUCCACAGCCACUAUCCCCUCCUACUCACCACCACAGAGCAUAACUGGCUUUUAUUUAUAUGCACCCAUUUCCUCUCAUAAUAAGCUAUAAACAGAGAUACAAAUCAGAAAUAUAAAUAGUGUAGAUUAAAUAUUUAUUAUAAUGACAUUUGAUGCUUUUCCUUUGUUUGUCCCAUUUUGUUUUGACCUUAGUUCAACCCAGGCUAUUUAUUAUAUUCCUUAUUUUUGGUCUGUUUGUUGUGUAUUGUAGCCUUUCUCUUGUGUGAUUAAUGCAUCAUUUUUGCUGGUCUUUUACAUUGUGAAGUAUUUGAUAUUAUUACCAAGUGUAAUGAAGAAACUUUAAUUUCUGUUACUAGCCCUAUUUAUUGAAUGCUGUAUUAUGGUGCUUUUUUGUAAUUGGACAGUGGUGUUAUAAAUAAAUGGAUAGACAUUUUAACUAUGGUUUUCUUCAUGUUGAUUGGGAUUUAUUCAAAAGGGAUGGAAAAGUUCAGCUGUUAGCCUCAGGGGCUGGAGACUAUGGUUUUCUUCAUGUUGAUUGGGAGUUAUUCAAAGGGACCAGGAAGGUUCAGCUGUUUGCCUCAGGGGCGUUGAAUCUUUUUG